AACUGGUCAAAACAACUAACAUAAUCUCGUAGCUAUCAUGGCAAUAAUAUGUUGCCUCGAACACACAAUAUUUAUUUCACUUUUAUUUUACUUUACCUUUUCCAAAUUCUAAUACAUUUAACAUAUCUAAUUUAUGGAUUAUGGAGACAUUACGAUUUGACCUCUAUAAAAAUUCUUGCUUUUCAGUUCAUCUCACACAUUUCUCUCUCGUUCUACACAUCGUAGAUAAACAUUUUUUUUUUUCGUGAUUCUUGUGAUUAUUUUUGUGUAUUUAUAUACUCCAAUCAACGUUGAUUGUGUGCCCGAUUGAUUGUUCAUCGGAAUAAUCGGAUCGACGACGAUCAGCUGAGGAUUUAGCUUGCUGAAGAAAUUACUUCAAGACAAAUAGCCAGCUAUGGGGCAUAGACACAUGCUUAACGCACCCAACAUUCUUGAGACUGAUAGUGGUCAAGAAUGGAAUCACUCUGAACAACCUUUCAUGCCAACAACAAUAGCCGGAGCUUCUGGAAGCAGUCCUCUCGUUUACCCUACAGUGAAUAUCCAAGGUGGACCAUUUUCUUUAUCUACUCCUACGUCAAAUGGAAACCACUGGUCUAUUCUUAAUGCUCAAUCCACACACAACGAAACAGAAGCUUCUGAUCCACCUCAUGAUCAUUUUCUCCAUAAACCUGCUGAUACAAAUUCCCAUUUGGUCCCAACUAACUAUUUGCAUGGAGAUUUCAAUAACCAGACUUUGAGCAAAGUGUCUCAGAAGCGUAAAAAUCCUUAUGUACCUCAAAUAAGUGAGAUGGGGUCCACAAGCAGAUAUUAUGAUGCUGGCAGUUCGUCGAAUUUGCACUUGCCAGCUGUACCAUAUCAGGAAAACCAAAAUGUAGAUUCUUAUCCUACAACUUGGAAGUAUCCUCCUGGAUACGUAUUGAACAGCCUUUCCAUCGGUGGCGAAAGUACACCGAGAAAUGUGAGAAGUAGAGGCAAUGCUGACGUGGAGAUUCGUUCGAGCAAUUUUCUCAAUCCUUUUUCAAGUCAAUCGUCUGACCAAAAUACCUUGUUGGGAUUGAGUGGCAGCAUACCACAAGCUGGUCAGGGGGUGGCUAUGGCUUCUGGUACUAGCUCAUUUGCUCAUGACCCGAACACCUUGGGCUCACUAAACAGCCAUUCUAAUGUUUCCAUAGAGAGUGAAGGUUUCGGCAAUAAUAGUGGGGCAUUGAGUAGGAAUACUAUUCAUCAAAUUGCCAACUAUAAUGCUGACCAGUCUUUCGGAAAGAAUAUAAGUGGUUAUCUCCAGAGAACUGUCCCUACUCUUGGGGCCUCGUCGAGCAGCUUUCAAGCAGUGCAGCUAACAGCUCCAAAUAAUGGGCCAACAAUUACUGCAGAAAGUAAUUCUUCUAGACAUCGACAGGUCAUUUCUGCCAUGAGAUUGCUUAAUAGAGAAAGGAAUGUGAGAAUCGGGAUGCCGAGUGACACAGUUAGAUUGGCUGCUCAGGAGGCAAGUUCCCACGAAUAAUUGACACUGCAUGUGCAUAUUCUUACAAGCAUUUUAAGAAAAUUCGUUCUUUAUCUUUUUUGUUUGUGGAAGCCAUAUUAUAGUGAAGUUACUACCAUGAUUUUUCCUUUAUAUGGUUUGGUUAUUUUGUGAAUCCUUUUUAGUUGAGUGAAAGAGCUUAGUAAUUGAAUUCAGUGGGAUACUAUGGCUAGCCAUUGUUUAAGAUCUUGGCGUAGUUAAUAUAUAUUAUUCUUGGUAAGGAGGGUCUUUUUAAAUACGUGUAAUAUGUUUUGUCAGUUCUUUCGGUCAUAUUAGAUCUUCUGUCAUUAUGGGAAAAAGAGAAGAGUAAAUGAUAAAGGAAGAAAAAAGAAAUAGGAUUUAGAAGGAAAGUUGGUUGGUAAUUGUCUAUCGAUUUCUUAUCUGUGAAGCUUCUUUUUUUGUACUUAACUCAAUAUCCUGGACUGGGUUUGACAUUUUGCAUGACUGCAUAUUUUGCAUUUCACGUUAUAUUAUGCACCUGAAAAUUAAUGAUUCGGUUCUUAGUUUAAUCAUUAUUAUCAAAUAAUAUUAAAUAUAAGGCUACAUCUCUCUUUAUAUAUUUAAGUUUAGUCCCUUAAAAUUUUGAUUAUCCUUCAUUUGAACACUUUUCACAAAAAUGCUGAAAAUAUGUACCCAUAUUUUUCACUCUCAAAUGGCACUUUGUUUCAGCGCCUCUUGGCUUUGGACCGUUCUGCACUUUAUGGGCCCAAUAAUCCUUUUGAUCAACACAGGGACAUGAGACUCGAUGUCGACAAUAUGAGCUAUGAGGAACUCCUUGUACUGGGAGAGAGGAUUGGAAGUGUCUGCACAGGCUUGUCUGAUGAUUUAAUUUCAAAAUGUCUGACCGAGUCAAUAUUAUGUUCGUCUGAUCAAUCUGAAGACGAUGGAAGAUGUGUUAUUUGCCUGGAGGAAUACAAAAACAUGGAUGAUCUUGGGAGUUUGAAAUGUGGCCAUGAUUUUCAUGUGGGCUGUAUUAAGAAAUGGUUAUCAUUGAAGAAUUUGUGCCCAAUCUGCAAGACAUCUGCCAUGGAUGAGAACAAAAAGGAGAAGUGAUAUUAAUCUUACUUGCCUAAUUUUGUAUUAAAUUAUUUAUUAAAACCAUAAAUUGGGGUGCCAAUUUGGAUCACCUUAUUUACUAUUUGUGCCAUUUGAAGACAAACUUAUGUAUGAACUAUACAUUAUUGUACCCUUAAUAUCCAAAUGUUAUGUGAUUCCUUGUCAUUGUGACUAUACAAUGGAUACAAUUUCCAUUGAAGGAAAUUGAGUAUUAAACAACUACUUGCCCUCUUGGUUUUUUAGUGUUAUGAAUGUUUG